AUGUCUGCCUUGAGCCUGCCCAUCCACCCUAUCACCCACAAUCCCACACAGGCCUGGGAGGAGCUGCGGCGCUCACAGAAGAUAAUAAAACUUAAUGUCAAGACUCCACAGACACCUCCUGAUGAGCAUAUGCUUCGGUUCGUGUGCAUGAGUGACACGCACUGCCUCACGUCACACCUCCAGUUUGAGAUCCCCUAUGGCGACGUUUUCGUGCAUGCCGGAGACUUCACUCGGUGUGGCAGUGCUAGCGAGGUGGAGGAGUUUAACGGCUGGCUGGCGUCACUGCCACACAAACACAAGAUUGUCAUUGCCGGCAACCAUGAGCUGAGUUUUGACCCAAAGUUCACUGGCGGCAUGUCCAUCAAGCACCACCACAAGACAGCUCACACUGGUGACGGACUGAUCAAUGAGAUUCCUGACCUCGGCAUGGAGCGUGAUGAGCUGAAGGCGGCCGUGGCCCAGGACAACACUGUGGACCUCAUCACCAACGCUGUGUAUCUGCAGGACCAAGCGCACUCCAUUUGUGGCAUCAAGCUUUAUGGCACACCAUGGCAGCCAGAAUUUUGCAAUUGGGCGUUCAAUGUACCGAGGGGAAGACAGUGCAUGGAGAAGUGGGAGGCGAUUCCUGAGGACACAGACAUCCUUAUCACUCACACACCACCUGUUGGACAUGGGGACCUUUGCUGCACGGGGGUGAGGGCCGGCUGUGUGGAGCUGCUGAGUACAGUGCAGAGCAGAGUCAAGCCUAAGUACCAUCUGUUUGGCCACAUUCAUGAAGGUUAUGGCGUGACAACGGAUGGUAAGAUAAUAUUCAUCAACGCCUCCACCUGUAACAUUAACUACGUGCCCAUCAACCCGCCCAUUGUGUUUGACGUGCCCAUUCCUCCGGGCUUCUCCAAAUGA